AUGCAAAAAAUAAAAAUAUUUUUAAACGGACAACAAAAAGACCUCCCUUGGAAAACAUGUAAUGAUUGCUCUCAUAUCAAUGUGCAAUUGUUCGAUGGAAAUCCAUUUGAAGAUGCUUCAUCAGUCUUGAAUCGAUAUUCGGCAUCUGGAUGUUAUUAUGUUCAGUUCUUCUGCAGACCCAUCGAGUUUGGAGAUCCUACGCCAGUGAGCACCAUUUUAUCGGGCAACACUUCCGAUCUCUCGGCUCCAUUGAACUUGAGUUUAGCAUGUCGGGACAAGAAGUGGAUCCUCUUAGGCUCCGCAAAGAAGACUGCAGUAACAUCUUUAAGCUGCGUUUACUCGAAACCAGCGACAAAGACUCCGAAACCCAAUCCUGAAGCUCCAUGCAUGAAAUGCACGAAUGUUGUAGUAGGACAAUCUCGUUUCCCAGAAGGUGUAGCGUAUCUUGAUCACACCCUGGAUAAAUGCUUACGCGUAGUGGUACAUUGUACCCCGGUUAAUGAUGGAAAGGAAGUCGAGAUGAUGUACAAUCUUCAACGAACCUACAACGGAGGUCCCGAAGUGAACCGAACGUUUACUUGCAACAAAAAUUCCAAAUGGGUGGAUGUAGAAACGAAGACGAUUAUCAAUAACAUUUCAUGCAUUAUGCCAAAAGAAACAUUGAAAACGACCACAUUCCGAACAACCGAAAUUGUGGAUUCAACUGUUUCGAAUUUACCAUCAACGGACAUUGGUCCAAUUUCUUCAGUUAAUCCAACCUUGGAACCAGAACCGAUCUCAACAACCCCGGACAAGAAACCACCAGAAGACAAUGAAACAACGGACCACGGAGGAUCAACCAUAAUCGAUGGCACAACCGGAGAUCCUACAAUGACACCAAUCGAUGUACAAACAACAGUUGGAUCAUGCGACACAUGUGCUGACUUGGAACCUGAAGCCAUUUCAAAGGCUGGAACAUAUAAUGGAAUGCUAGUGUUAUGGCAUUAUCGUGACCCUAUCACAUUCUGCAAAAGAGUGGACAUCUCUUGCCAGGCUACUAUGCAUGAAAGCGACAACGCAACAUUGGUGUUUAAUCCUAUUGGAAAUGUUGAAAGUAACGUAGCUGAAAUAACCAAGGACAUUCAAUGUUCUGGUGGAAGCUAUUUCUGGAAUGAUGAACCAAUCGAUACGGUUAGCUGCAUCGCAUCUGUCACGUCUCUUGUUCCCAUCACGACGCCUUCGCCGGCAACAACUCCAGCACCCCCAAGCGGAUGCUCUUCUUGUCGUCGAAUUCCGGUGCCAGUGUUGGAUCACAGUUCUGGUUAUCUUAACGGACAGCUGAAAGCGGUUACCAGAUACAGCUCAUGUAUGCAUCUUGAUCUCGUGUGCCACGGAAUGUCAGAGCAGGAUCCUGUUGCAUUAAUUUACGAAGGAGCGGAAAUCGCUACUGGCGUGGGAAGUGUCUCGAUGACAUUAGAUUGUUCCGCAACCUCAGUUUGGAUGACCCCAGGACAACAAACAAUUGACAAAAUAUCUUGCGGAUAUCAAAGCAUUGCACUAAUUUCGACAACUCUGUCAAGUGAAUGCGGAACGUGUGAAGAUAUGCAAUCGGCAAAAGCUCUCCUCCAAGAUCAAACAUACGAUGGAAUGAUUGUUCUAUACAAUUACAAUGACGGAUGCAAAAAAGUUGAUAUCAGUUGCCAGGGAACGACCGCCACCGAGAAUGCCACUCUACUGUUCCAUCCGAUCGGAGUCAUUUCUACAGGACCAACUCUUCAUGAGAUGACAAUUUCAUGCUCAGCUGACGGAACGUGGCGUUAUGAGAACGAAGUGAUUGAAAGUGUCAGCUGUUUGGUGUCUGAGCCAACGGGACCAGUUGUUACAGUACCUGUGAUAUCCACAACUACGACAAUGAACCCAUCACUACCUUUAUGUGCACAAUGCGGACGAUUGAAUGUUGGACCAAUCUCAACAAUUGACGAUUCGAUGCUGAAUGGAGUGUCAACAAUUGCGUUUAGCACAGUGAAUAAAUGCAGGCACGCGACAGUUACUUGCAGCGGAGAAGAUGAUUCGGAAGGGGUGACUCUGUUUGCGGCGUCGUCUUCUUUGAUCAGCGGAAAAGGAUCGAUCAGUUUCAAUUUUAUUUGCAAUUCUGCUUCUCAUUGGAUGACCAAUGCGGGAACUUCUAUUAGUGAAGUAAUGUGUGGAAGAUGGAGAGAAACCACGACCACCACUUCGAAGCCCAGUCAAUGUUCAAUCUGUGAAAACUUGCGAGCUACUUCAAUGCAACCCAACGAUAAUUCUGCAUAUGAUGGAAUGAUUAUAUUGAACCAUUAUCAAGUUUCCACAGGUUGCCGAAGAGUCGAUAUUUCAUGCGGACCAACUCUGCCUACGGAAAAUGCGACAGUGUUCUUCGGAUCAGCUGUUGUCGCUACAGGACCGCAAGAGCAUACAUUCACGAUAGAUUGCAAUUCGAACGGCAACUGGAUUUACCAAGGAAGUGCCAUUGCAUCAGUCAGUUGUUUGAUUUCAGAAACUACAAAUGGAGUCACAGUCGCACCAACUACGCCAACCACUACGACAAUUGCGGAUCCAUCAGUUCCUGCAUGCUCUCGAUGUGGUCGCGCUCCGAUUGUGUCAAUCGGUUCCAUCGGAACAUACAUGAAUGGGUUCACCACCGUAGUACAAAGUGUUGAUGAAAAUGAUUGUUCGGUUAUUACUAUCAAAUGCGAAGGAACAACAACUGGAAAUGGAGUAGCCUUACUUUCAUCGGGGCUACCAAUUGCGAGUGGAUUUGGUAGCACUACAACUGAGUUGAUAUGCGGCGUAGACUCGACGUGGCGAAGUGUGAAACAACCAGACCACGUAAUUACAGCUCUUGCUUGUGGACAUAAGAACGCGCCGGUAACGCCGAUUCCAACAACAACUAUUGCCACAAAUGGAUUAUGCAACUCUUGUCCUCUCAUGACUGCACUUGCAAUGAGUGAUGGUACGACGAACUACGAUGGAAUGGUGAUCAUGGAUCAUUUCACCGAUCCGAUAAAGAAUUGUCGAAAGGUGAUUGUAACAUGCGGCCCGACAACCAUCGGCGAAAGAGCGACGCUACUAUUGGAUAAAAACCAAAUUUCUUCUGGCACAUCUGCGCAAGUGCAAGAACUCGACUGCAACGAAAAUGGCAAUUGGAUAACGUCAAGUUUGGCGAGUGUGACCACUGCGAGCUGUUUGAUUGAGAAGACUACUGAGGAUGACGACCCGAUUACUGCAACAACUGUGAUACCAGUGACAAAUCCAACAAAAUCACUUUGUACGCAAUGUGCUCGAUUGCCAGUAACACCGGGUCCGGGCAUUUACAGAAAUGGAUUUGUUGUCAUUUCGAACACCUACCAUACUUAUGGAUGUUUGGUGGUUCGGUUCACAUGCGAAGGCUACGAGAAAAGCGAACUUACGAGCAUUGUUGCUGACGAGUCCAAUCACUUGGAUAUGAGCACCGGUUCAUCAUCGGUUAACCUUACAUGCAACACUCAAGGAAAAUGGGUAUAUGGUCCUUAUGGCGAAAUAAAUUCUAUUUCGUGCUUGACCUCGGAACCUAAAACGGAUAUACCAGUUACAUCGAAAUGCUCGAAGUGUGAUAAUAUUAGGCCAGUUGCUCGCGGAUCUGACGAAUCGGCACAGUACGACGGAAUGUUGGUUCUCACUCAUUACACUAGUCGCGAUUCUGGUUGCAAGAAGGCAAUCCUGACAUGCGAAGCAACAAUGGAUAACGAGAAGGCAGAUUUGUGGAUUGAUUCGGAGACGGCGGACAUAAACGACGAACGACAAGAAUUCAGCUUGGAAUGCAGUCCGAACGGCCGAUGGAAUUAUAACUCAAAGGAAAUAUCUACGGCAUCAUGUUUGAUUACUAACGCGACAACCACUGGAAGAAAACGAAGAAAGAAGCGGCAAGCUGGAACUGGAGCUUCGGCGUGUCAAUCGUGCCCAACAUUCCCAAUGACGUCACUCCGUUCAUUCUAUCCGUAUAUGAAUGGAUUCGUAACGUUGAGUUUAGAUGAUUCAGGAGAAUGUAUUCAAGCAUCUGGGAUGUGUGAAGGAAUAUCGGACAAUAACAUUGCUGCGUGGAUUCUGUCAGGAGACGUCAUCGCUUCGAGCCCUGGUAGAAUAAACAUGUCGUUCUAUUGUAAUUCGCAGAGUAAAUGGGAAUCAACGGCCGGACAUUCGAUUUCUCAAAUUUCGUGCGGAAGGCAAGUCGCAACUACCACUGCUGUCGCGACCACGACGACUUCAUCGAGAGCAAUGCAAUGCCCGAACAUGAUUGCAUCUCCAUUUAGCGAAACGGAACUAACGGAUGGUCAGAAAAAUGGGCAACUAAUUUUGGAUCAUCGUGUGGAGUUGGACGACAUGGUACGCCAAGUCACUAUUACCUGUUAUGGAUCGAUGACAAGUGACAAAGUAACAAUAUCGUUGAAUGGAAAGUCACAAACAGUUGAUGGAACCGGACAGAUCACAAUACUCUUAGAAUGUUCCCCAACAGGAGAAUGGCUAAGAGAUGGAUUGAGCAUUACGACGGCAUCGUGCAUUGUGACAUCUGGCACGGGCGUGUCGGAACCUCUCACGACUCCUCCGCCUAUUUCGACCACAAUCGGAACAAUACCCAAUACAAACUGCAAUCGGCAACUUAUAAGCAUUGUUCCUAGUGGUUACUUGCCAGCUUAUUUGUCGAUGAAUACAAUUUCUACAUCCACGUCUCUCACAGUUGAUAUGGUGUGCUAUUCGACAACAAAUGGAGAAGCAGCCAAACUAAUAUUUGACGAUGGAUCCGAACUCUCAGCCGGAGCCGGCCUAACGAAUUUGUCGAUUAGCUGCAAUGGGAACGCGCAAUGGGUGGUCACGGCACUUACAGGAACAGGAAUAUCGAUAGGAAAAAUCAUAUCAACAGUAAGCUGUGCAGUACCAGCUCCGAUUACAACAACACUAGGUCCUGUAACAGCAAAUCCAGCGUGCCGAGCAUGCGAAAAUCUUCCUGGAGUUCCGUUGGAGAGUUCGCAGCUCGCAUCCAAUGAGAGAAAUGGCCAGUUUAUUCUCGAUCACUAUACUGACGAACGAGCGAGUUGUCGAGUUUUGUACUUAACGUGUGUUGGAAGCGGAUCAAUUAUUAUCUUCAAUGGAGCCACUGAAACGUCAAGCGGCAACGGAAUCACAACCGCUUUUCUAACGUGCAACGCGCAAUCCAAUUGGAACUGGAACAAUCAGAUCGUAGCACAAGCAUCUUGCAAGGUCAAUGACGGUUCAAUGCUCAUUACUACUCCUGUUCCAAGUAUCACAACAGAAUCUCCUUUGAAUUCGGAAAACACACUCAAAUGCAAUCGAGACAGCCUGAAACGACCGAUUUUGAAUGGAGACCAAGGGGCGUAUUUAGUAUUGGACACAAUUGUGCAAAACGGAGUUUUGAUCACAACGUUAUCGUGCUCAGGAUCUACACCUGGAACUGCAACUCUUACAAACGGGGACGGAACAAUUCUAGGACAAUCUUCGUCUCUUCUGAACGCCACUCUAACAUGCAAUGCAAACAGCCAAUGGCAACUUCUGUCAAUUUCCGGCUCCGAAACAUCUGUGUCUCCAUCAGGAACCAUUGUCGAAAAUUUGAGCUGUGGGGCGAUUUCAGCGACGACGACUACUACGACAUUAGCAACAACUACGACGGACAAUGAUCGUUGCAAACGCUGUGAGAAUAUGAAGGCUUUUGCUUUAACAUCUGCUCAGCUGCAAGCGAACGAGAAAAACGGUGAACUGCUCCUUGAUCAUUAUGUGGAGCCAACGACGAAAUGUCGCGUUGUGGUGAUCAAAUGUCGUGGGGAAAAUGUGAAGCAAAAUGCAACUAUCUACCUUAAUGAUGACUCAUUGACGUUGUCUGCGCAAUAUGGACAAAUGUCCACAUCAAUGUCUUGCUCAUCAUCAAAUGUCUGGAAUCGUAACGGCAUCGCCGUGUCAUCGGUCGCUUGUAAAAUAUCGACGGAUAAUUCGGCCACAUCAGCAGCACCAAUCACGACACAAGCACCAGUAGCUACUACUCCAAGUAGCUCAGUACCCGAUGCAAGCUGCAACAGAGAGUUUGUGAGAGCAACAACAUCCGGCUAUGAUAGUGGAUUCAUGACACUCGAUACAGUUGUUUCCGGGGGAUCGAUGACGGUAACUGCCAGUUGUGCAGCUCCUCAAACUUCUCAAACAGCAGCACUUGUCGAUUCGGCGGGCACUCGACUGUCUUCUGCGGUUGGAACGACCAACUUGACGCUCACCUGCAAUACAAAUUCACAAUGGGUCACCACGGACGGAACAAUUGUCACAACUCUCAGCUGUGGCGCGAUUCCUCUGCCGACGGAAGCACCGGUGGUUGAUUGCUCACAGGCGGCAUGGGCGGAAUGGCAAGAAUGGUCUGAUUGCACGGAUACUUGCGGAUCGUGCGGAACACACCAAAGAUUCAGAGUUUGCAAUAAGCCGAGAGACGAUUGCACAUGUCCAGGAUCAGUAUAUGAAAAAACAAGUUGCAAUACUGCGGUGUGCAAAUACCCACGAGUUUCGUGCUGCGACGGCUUCACACCACGCUCGGCGGCAGGAACAUUCUGUAUUUCGGGAUGUUUGAGUAUUGGAGGUUGUGGUGGCUGCUUUUUAGGGUUGUGUCUGGGUGCUCCUAUGAUGCCGCCACUAGGAUGUCCUUGCGGUGCAGGUUUCAUGUGUAUGCGCGGUGGCUGUGUUGCUCGAGCAGCUGGAGCUCGAACCUUUCGCGAUGUUGACACUUCACAUGAUGCCGAAACCGUGAAAUCACCCGAUGAUCAUUUCAAAUCGUGUUGCUCGAUUCUCGAUGUGCAGCCAACAUGUAUGGGGAUAUGUAAUUAUGGCGAUUAUUCAGUCGAUGCGAUUCAAUCAUCCAUAAUGCUUCAAUCGAAAUGUCCACCAUCAGAUAUUUCAAAAGUUCAUUUCUGCGCAGCUCGAGGCACUAAUCAUACAACUUGCUGUCGUCAAAUGCGGGUUCCAAGUGACUGUGAUACAUUCUGCGAUCAGGGUCAGGAUAAUUCUGAAGUCCAGCUCUCAAUUAAUCAUUUACAAUGCAUGAAUUAUUUCGAUGACAUCAAGGGAUGCUUUUACGAGCAUGCUUUAAAUGAAUACUAUGAGCAAAAACGCAGCAACGCCGAUAAGAAAAGCAUUUCCUAUCAAAUGUCAUUUUUAAAAUGA